AUGGAGACCUUCGACUUUGGACACCAAAAACCAAAACACACCAACAUCGUGUUCCUCAAGACCCACAAAACUGCCAGCAGCACCGUGCAGAACUUGCUGUUUCGUUUUGCGGAGCGUAACAACCUGACGGUGGCGUUGCCGGUACAGUCCUGUGGUCACCAGUUCUGUUAUCCACGUAUUUUCAAAUCUGACUUUGUCCAUCCACACACACUGCCAGCAAACAUAAUCACGAACCAUAUGCACUUUAGUAAGACCGCAUUACAAGACCUGAUGCCGAACAACACAAUAUAUGUCACAAUUAUAAGAGAGCCAACCUCCAUGUUUGAAUCAUUAUUCACUUACUGCAGAAAGAGCUGUCAGAGUUUCAAAAGGGUCCGCAAUGGUUCAUUGGAGGCUUUCUUAAAUAAUCCCUUAAACUACUACCGACCAGAAGAGGAUGAUUCUAUGUAUGCACGCAACUGCUUGACUUUCGACUUGGGAGGAGACAAAGAUCGUCCACCGACAGAUGUGGCGUAUGCACAGGCCUUUGUGGCAGAGGUGGAACGAGCGUUCUCCUUGGUGAUGAUUUCAGACUACUUUGAUGAAUCUCUAGUUCUCCUUCGCCAUCUCCUCUCUUGGGAUUUAGAUGACAUUCUGUAUCUCAAGCUCAACAUGCGGGCAGCUACUUCUAAGAAGAGCUUGACACCAGGUCUUUCUGCAAAAAUCCGUGUCUGGAAUUCCAUAGAUGCGUACCUUUAUGACCACUUUAAUGCCUCACUGUGGCGGAAACUGUCAGCUCUAGGUCUAGCCAGUGUGUCGAGGGAGGUGCAACUCCUUCAGCAGCACCAAGAGAGGGUGAUGAGAGACUGUUUUGGUGGAAAUAAGCCAGUUUUCGGUAUUGGUGCCGAAAUCAAAAACCCGGCUCUCCGUCCCUGGAAGCCUAAUAAAGAUGUUGACAUAGUUGGUUACGACCUCCCUGCAAAUAUCAGCCAUGAGAUGCGGAAGAUCUGCCUCAAGUAUAUCAUGCCGGAACUAUCAUACACAGAGAAGCUUCUUCGUUCCCAGUCACAGCGGUACCUUGAAAACCGUCGGAUUCAGAGUCCCCCUAAAACCCUGUUUCAGUGUUCUUCUAAGAGAUGUGGACUGCUUGAGAGGGAGGAGUGGACGCAGCUCGUGAUCCGCCUGGACAUCUGGCACCUGAUGCGUCGCUUCAGGCUCCACUGUCGGCGCAGGACGCGUGGGGCCGAGGAGACGGCGCUCCUCAUCCAGGACCUCCUGGACACCUUCGGCGGACCCGCAGGACGCAACACCCUGGACAUCCCGCUCCUGGACGCUCUCCGCAUCCAGGACAUCUGGAGUACGCAGAGGUGGCACCUCAGCUGCAUUCAGGACCCCCCCGGUGUCCAGCUGUACACCCAGACCGGCAGGCUGACCAAAGGGGGGGUCAGUCUCCCGGUCUACCGCUGCGCCAGGGGCUCCACGUCCCUGGAGUCUUUCCACCUCCACCUCCACCGGUUCAUCCCAGGUGAGUUUCACUUCAAACAGCUCUGGUGCUUCUGUUGCCGUGUGCCGUAUUUUAACAGCGUCUGUCUCACCUCCAGCUGCCUGCUCGGACUCAACUCUGGCCCUGCAAACUGGCCGGAUGCCAGCCAACCGGUGGAGGCCGUUUGCAGCCAGCUCUGCCGUCUCCAUCCUGCCGCCGCACGCGUGGGAGGGAUCAUGAGGACCCGCUGGUCCCUCAUCCACGGAGACUACGUGGCCAUCAGGGAGACGGUUCAGCCGUCGGCAGAAGAGGUGGGAGAGGACCGUGCUGGAGCAGGAACCGGCAUCGGCCCUGCUCCGGAUCCUCUUCCUCCAUCCAGAGGGCUGUCCCUGGUCCAGGGGGGGCAGGGGCAGCCCUUUGACUACAACUGGCCAGAGGAGCAGCCAGGACCCUCCUCCAGGGGCCUCCUACCACCACCUCCUCCUCCUCCAGGGGUUCCGCUGCCUCCUCCUUAG